CCGCACACUCCGGGCUCCUCUGCCACCCCUCCUGUCAGGGAGUCCUGCCAGCUGCAGCCAUGUUGGAAAGAAUCCGUCUCCUCAGGCGGCGGCAGCCUCAGCAGCAGCGGUGCUAACAGCUAACGUCAGUGGACACUCAGCCGGGCUGUCGUGGACAGAAAGCGCAGGCAGAGGGGAGGGAGCCAGCCACCGAGCUGGUUCUGAUGUCAGCCGCUACAUAUUCACCCCAAGCGAGUGGACAUUUUGAACGCAUAAACCCAACCACCCCGGCGGAAGGUGCGGUCGGUCUUCGGGUCUCACGCGGAUAUUUCAAGAAUAUCUUACUAUGCUGAAUAUGAUGGCCAGUUAGCCCCAGCAACCCCGUCUGAAUCAGGUAUGGCAUCGUCUUCCUACCUGGAACCCAGCCUUAAUCACUCCACAUCGGGUGGUUGUGGGGUUAAAUCCCGGGCUGGCAUGCCUGGUGGUCCUGGCACUAGUGGCUCUGCUGGGGGUUUGGAGCGCCCCCUGGGCUCCAUGGACAGGGUUCUUAAGAUCUUCCAUUACUUUGAGACAAACAGCGAACCGAGCACCUGGGCCAGUAAUAUCAGGCACGGAGAUGCGACAGAUGUCAGGGGUGUAAUACAGAAGAUAGCAGAGAUCCACAAAAUGCGUUGCGUGUCUUCUCUGGGCCUUCGUCUGACUCAUUUGCACUCUGAUGCUCUUCACUGGUUACAUCCUGAUUUGGGGGUGUCCCAUGUGCGAGAAAAAUAUGAGAAAAAGCAUCCCCAGGAGGAGUGGAGGUAUGAAUUGCGGAUACGGUACUUUCCAAAAGGUUAUAUCAGCCAUUUCUCUGAGGACAAACCCUCGCUCAACUACCUUUAUCAUCAGGUGAAAAGCGACUAUAUGCAGUAUAUAGCCGACCAGGUGGAUCAAGAUAUUGCACUUAAAAUAGGUUGUUUGGAAAUAAGAAGGUUCUUCAGAGAGAUGCCAGGCAAUGCGCUGGAUAAGAAGUCCAACUAUGAACUUCUAGAGAAAGAUGUGGGUUUGAGAAGAUUUUUCCCCAAAAGCCUGUUGGACUCCUUGAAGGCAAAGAGUCUCCGGAAGCAGAUCCAGCAGACCUUCAAGCAGUUUGCUAACCUCAACGAUGAGCAGAGCAUCCUCAAGUUCUUUGAAAUAAUCACGCCCAUCUACCGCUUCGAUAAGGAGUGCUUUAAAUGUGCUUUAGGGUCCAGUUGGGUUAUAUCAGUAGACUUGGCGAUUGGACCAGAGGAGGGAAUCAGCUACCUCACAGAUAAGGGCUUGACGCAGCCCACACACUUAGCUAACUUCAAUCAAGUCCAGUCCAUUCAGUACUCUGCGCUGGAGGAGAAGGACAGGAAAGGCAUGUUGCAGUUAAAUGUUGCUGGAGCUCCAGAGCCCCUUACUGUCACUACAUCAUCUCUGACCACAGCAGAAAACAUGGCUGACUUGAUUGACGGUUACUGUCGGCUCGUCUCCUCGGUGUCUCACUCCUUCAUCGUCAGAGUUCAGAAAGAGGGUGAUCGAGCCCUUCCCUCUUUACCAAAAGUUACAAAUCAUGAGAAGCGGAUGGAGAAACGGAUGGACGGAGUGCGAACCCGAGCCGUUUGUGUUUCAGGUCACAUAAGUGGCGAUGAAACAGAUGACUAUGCAGAAAUCAUAGACGAGGAGGACACCUACACCAUGCCUUCAAAAUACUAUGGAUUAGAUCAAGCGCGGGACUAUGAGAUUCAGCGCGAUCGUAUCGAGUUGGGCCGCUGCAUCGGGGAGGGUCAGUUUGGAGAUGUUCACCAAGGAGUCUACAUUAGAACGGAGAACCCACCUCUGUCUGUGGCAGUGAAGACGUGCAAGAACUCCACGUCUGACAGCGUCAGGGAAAAGUUCCUCCAAGAAGCAUUAACUAUGCGUCAGUUCGACCAUCCUCACAUUGUAAAGCUGAUGGGAGUAAUCACAGAGAAUCCUGUGUGGAUCAUCAUGGAGCUCUGCACACUUGGAGAGUUGCGGUCGUUUCUCCAGGUGAGAAAGUACAGCUUGGACCUGGCCACGCUCAUCCUGUACUCAUACCAGCUCAGCACAGCACUGGCAUAUCUGGAGAGCAAACGCUUUGUCCACAGGGACAUUGCAGCGAGGAAUGUGUUGGUUUCCACAGUCGACUGUGUAAAGCUGGGAGACUUUGGUUUGUCACGAUACAUGGAAGAUAGUUCAUACUAUAAAGCAUCUAAAGGUAAAUUACCUAUUAAAUGGAUGGCUCCGGAAUCAAUCAACUUCAGGCGAUUUACCACAGCCAGUGAUGUGUGGAUGUUUGGUGUCUGCAUGUGGGAGAUUCUGAUGUAUGGCAUCAAGCCUUUCCAGGGUGUGAAGAACAACGACGUCAUUGGUAGGAUAGAGAACGGCGAGCGAUUGGCUAUGCCUCCUCAGUGCCCCCCAACCCUCUACAGCCUGAUGACAAAGUGUUGGUCAUACGACCCCAGCAAGAGGCCACGCUUUAACGAACUGAAAACCCAACUCAGCACAAUUUUAGAGGAGGAAAAAAUCCAGCAGGAAGAAAGGAGCAGAAUGGAGAUGAGGAGGCAGGUCACUGUGUCGUGGGACUCUGGAGGGUCUGACGAAGCUCCACCUAAACCCAGCUGUCACUCCUCCCUGCAGCCCACCCUCAGUCGGGAUGAAAACCUGCACUUUGCCUCACAGCUUCCCCUCUGCCUCGGAAACGCUCACACCGUUUCUCUCUGCGCCUCCUGUCACUCAUUCACUCCUCCACUCUACUCCUCACCUCUGACAUUUCCCCUCCAUCUGUGCUCCUCUGCUGGUCUUCAGCCUUCUCCUCAAAGCAGCACCUCCUACAGUCUGUCUCUGCAAAAUCAGUUAAAUCCUGAAUCCAAACUUUAUCCCUCCUUUCUUUGGGCUGAAAAUGAUGUCGGCUCUCCUCCUUACAGCCUGUCCUGUGGCUGCAGCCCCCACAGGACAAAUCUCCCAACGAAUGACCACGUCCUUUACCCAUUUAAGCCAAGUAGACCGGGUUACCCCAGUCCUCGCUCCAGUGAAGGCUUCUAUCCCAGUCCCCAGCACCCUGGACAUUACCAGAUGGCUGGGUAUCCAGGACCUCAUACCCUCCCCUCUGUGCCCAGUGCCAUGUACCCCCCGCAAGCGGCUCUGCUGGACACACACCACGCACACACCCAUCCACGCCACCACGUCCACACACACUCACACGCGCAGCACCUUCCACAGCCUUAUGGGGCAGACAUGGCGCUAUGGAGCUCUGCACUGGAGGACAGGGCAUUAGACAUGCAGCUCUGUACAGACCCUCAGUGCCUGUUAAUGGAGGAGCAGCUAAAGAUACAACAGCUGCAGAUGGAAGAGGAUCAGAGGUGGCUGGAGGAGGAGGAAAGGCUGCUGAAACCCGACACAAGGAGUUCAAGAGGGAGUCUGGACAGAGAAGAAAGUGGACCACAGCAGCCAACAGGAAACCAGCACAUAUAUCAGCCGGUUGGCAAAGCAGAGCACGCAGCGCCGCCAAAGAAACCCCCUCGACCAGGAGCUCAGAGCCAAGUGGGCAGUCUGGCGUGUUUAAAUACUGGUGAUGGCUACAAUGACGGAGUCAAGCCCUGGCGGCUGCAGCCUCAAGAGAUAAGCCCGCCUCCCACCGCCAACCUGGACCGCUCCAACGAUAAAGUGUACGAGAACGUGACGGGAUUAGUAAAAGCUGUUAUUGAGAUGUCCAGCAAGAUUCAGCCAGCGCCCCCAGAGGAAUACGUCCCCAUGGUCAAAGAUGUGGGUCUGGCACUGAGGACACUAUUGGCCACAGUGGAUGAGACUCUACCUCAGCUUCCAGCCAGCACACACAGAGAGAUUGAGAUGGCACAAAAGCUGCUAAACUCUGACCUGGCAGAGCUGAUCGGGAAGAUGAAGUUAGCCCAACAGUAUGUGAUGACCAGUCUCCAGCAGGACUACAAGAAGCAGAUGCUGACCGCUGCACACGCUCUAGCAGUCGACGCCAAGAACCUCCUGGACGUCAUCGACCAAUCCCGCCUCAAAAUGAUGACUCACUCCCGGCCGCAUUAGCUCCACGCCAGCCGAUCGGAUAGUGUACCUGUCUGGUUUCUGUUGGAAAAUGCAAGGCGCCUGGAGAAGUGACGUCCUUUCCGAUGCGUUACAGCUGGUCGAAGGCGAACCUUCGCUCCUCUGCUCUGCUCAAACCCUGGGAAAACUAUUUUUUUAUUUAAUCCUUCGUCAGCCUAAGAUUACCUUCUCAACCACUGUGACUUUCCUACUACACAAACAGAGAAAAACCCCUCCUGACUCGGAGGCUCGCCAGCUGUGCCGUCUUUAGACUGCAUGUACAAGAGGAGGAGGAGCAGGGAGGAUCAUGGGAAACUCUGGGUCUGCAGCUUUAAGAGCCAGCUCCAGUGUUUGACCCAAUCUCACAAUGUGAUGGGAGGGAUCUCAGUCAGAGGAGUCCGUCAGCUCCCGACAGAACUGUGAAUGGAAAUUUCACGGCGGGGAGGAAUUUGAGCCAGCAGCCAUUUCUGUGCAUUUGUGGACAUUGAUCUGUGCUUGUGGAUUCACGUCGCUGCUGACACCUAACAGGCAGGCGAGGCUGUGUUUUCUGUUCUGCUUUAGCAUUCUAUAUGUGGACACGAUUCUCAGUGAACACAGAAACUGCCUUCUGUCCUCGGUUGUCCCCAAACCCCCACAUAGUCUUCCCUCCAUCUCUGAAGCCUUUAUUUAUUAACACAAGUUGGAGAGGUGGAGACAGAGGGAAGAAACAGGAAGAGGGUGGAACGUCAUGACACGUAAGAUGCAUUUUUUUUGUGGCAUUUUAUUACUUUUUCUUCGUCCUCCACUCAUCGCUCUCCGCAGUCUUCCUCAGCGACUCUCUGAACAGGUUUAAAUGUGAAGAAUCCAGAUCUGUCCAGGUACGCACCACAGACUUCUCAGCUCCGCAUCCGCUUUCCUCACCGACUGUCCGUUGUGUUCUUAAAGCAAUCACAGCCUUCUUCCUCCGAAACACAAACUGCAACUUGAAAAGCAGACAACUCAGCAAAGACUCUCAAGUCUGCUUUCGUCGGACUUCCUUGUUCCCCAAACCGCUCAUAAUGUCGGCAUAGAAGACCAGUGUCCCACCUCUACGUGUCCAAACACCCAGCGGUGGGGGGGGGAAAAAAACAACCCCUUGGUGUCACAAACACUCUUCACAUCUGGAACCUUUGUGAGUUUUCCUGUCAUCAGUCUCCAGGAAAAGAAAUAAAACACUAAAAAGAAUCAAACAUGGAGCAACUGGAACCCGUCCCGAAGCUACAAAAGCACACACGGAGUGUCACCUGUUGCUGAAUAAAACGUACUGGUAAUUCAACUGGUAAAGCAUGAUGUACCAGUGUAUAGAAAAGCAUAUUUGCACAGCACCAAAAAACUAAAACACAAUUUCUGUUGUUUUUUGUUCUAUCACAUUUACCCAGAUGUGAUAUCCAUGUUUGACCAGCAAAAAAUUACAAACUAUCAAACAUCUGGGUGCUAAGUGAAAUAUUUAAAACACACAUGAAAACAAUCUAUUUUAUCUUAGUGAUGUUGUGUAAAUCUGCUCCUGUUGCGUAAAGCUAUACUGGUGUGUAUCACUGGUGAUGACCUGUACAGAACUCGUUCUAGUAAACACUGGUUUUUAUUUUGUCUUCUUGGCUAAAUCAACCAUGUUGUCAAAUAGGAAGAACGCAAUGAAAUAAAGUCAUUGUCAAACAGAAA